CUUUGGCCUUGUCCAUGCGUGGCGCUAUAAACGUGUAGAAAGUAAUUAGCAAGUUUUGCCAAUAAAUAACAAACCAAACAAAUUCCAACAAUUAAAAGAUUAAUAAUUGCCAAACAGUAGACAAAUAAUCCCAUAUUUUGUAACCGGGAGCCAUUUGAAUUUGGCGAAAAGCUGCGUCAAGCAUUAGAAAAAGUUAUCGCAGCGCAGUGGUAUGAAAAAUAAUCGAACCCCAAGUGGGCCGGGAUGUUUAUGGUUUGUUGCCAACAAUAAUAUUAUUCACGAUAAUAGAAAAGCGAGAAAAGUAUUUGUGAAAAAUUGAAAAUUAAAAAAACAAACUUCAAGAGUCUGGCUUCCCCCUCGAGUUACUGCCAAAUACGCGAUAUCAAUCUAUCUCUGUCUCGCGCUUUGCUGACCGCGUGCAGUUGUGAGUGUCAGUUGAAGGAGGCGAAAGUGUGUCGUUGACGUUGCCGUUGCCGUCGUGUGAAAAAAGUGAAAAAAGAAAGAAGAGAAGAAACGAAAUGGCCGCUCAGGAAAAUACGGAAGUUACAACAAAAUUCUCCACACUAAAUGUGAAUGCGGUGGAAUUUGUGCCCAGCUUCAAUUACAGCAGCGCUGUGACAACGCCAGCAACAGCAGCCGCAGCAGCAGCAGUACAAGCAGACGACGAAGCGCCGCCGCCGACGCCGCCUUCCGCUGCUACUGCUGCUGCCCCUGAGGAGCAAACAACAACGAACACGACAGCAGCUUCAGGAUCAGCCACACCAGCCUCAACGCCAGAUUCCACAGGCUCUGGUGGAUCAGCAACAAAUGCAUUGCCAGCAGCUGGUGGCGGAGGAGGAGGAGGCGGCGGUGUCGCCGGAUCGGCAUCUGCAUCCGCAUCAGAAUCACCAGCCCAACCAGAAACCGAUCCUGCUGAUAGCUGGGAUGUGGAAGACGAUGCUGCUAUAACGCCCGAAGAUGAGGAAGUGGAAGAUGCUGAAUUUUCAGAGGGCGGGGCCACGCCGAAAGCCAACAAGAAGAAAGUCAUUAAAGUCGAGGAGAAUCGAAGCAAGCGCGAACAUGUGAAUGUUGUAUUCAUUGGACAUGUUGAUGCUGGCAAAUCAACAAUUGGCGGACAAAUUAUGUCCCUCACUGGCAUGGUAGACAAACGAACAUUGGAGAAGUACGAGCGGGAGGCACGCGAAAAGUCUCGCGAAAGUUGGUAUUUGUCGUGGGCAUUGGACACAAACCAGGAGGAACGUGACAAGGGCAAAACUGUUGAAGUGGGUCGCGCCUUCUUCGAAACGGAUCGCAAACAUUUCACCAUUCUGGAUGCCCCUGGACACAAGAGUUUCGUCCCAAACAUGAUUGGAGGAGCGGCGCAGGCGGAUUUGGCUGUGCUGGUUAUAUCGGCGCGAAAGGGUGAAUUCGAGACAGGUUUCGAUCGAGGCGGACAGACGCGAGAGCACGCCAUGUUGGCCAAAACGGCUGGUGUCAAGCAUCUCGUGGUGCUGGUCAACAAAAUGGAUGAUCCCACUGUGAAUUGGGAUCAGACGCGUUACAACGAAUGCAAAGACAAGAUACUACCAUACCUCAAAAAGCUGGGCUUCAAUCCAGCCAAGGAUCUAACCUUCAUGCCUUGCUCUGGUCUCAGUGGCUACGGACUGAAGGAACAGCUGCCCGAGUCCCUAUGCCCAUGGCAUCGGGGGCCAGGCUUCAUCCCAUUUAUUGAUGAACUGCCCUCACUUAAUCGCAAAUCGGAUGGUCCGUUUAUAAUGCCAAUUGUCGAUAAAUAUAAGGAUAUGGGCACAGUAGUUAUGGGUAAAGUUGAGUCUGGAGUGGCGCGUAAAGGACAGAAUUUACUUGUUAUGCCAAACAGGACACAAGUGGCUGUGGAUCAAGUUUUCUCUGACGACUAUGAAGUCACUUCUGUGGGUCCUGGAGAGAACGUUAAGAUUAAACUGAAAGGAAUUGAGGAAGAGGACGUAUCACCUGGAUUUGUUAUCUGCGAUGCCUCAAAUCCCAUUAAGACGGGAAAAAUCUUUGAUGCUCAGGUCGUUAUUUUAGAACACAAAUCAAUUAUCUGUGCGGGCUAUUCAGCUGUCAUGCACAUACACUGCGCCGCCGAAGAGGUCACAGUGAAAGCCCUCAUCUGUUUGGUGGACAAGAAGAGUGGUGAAAAAUCAAAGACACGUCCAAGAUUCGUUAAACAGGAUCAGGUUGCAAUUAUGCGCAUUGAAUGUUCCGGAAUGAUUUGCCUUGAACAAUUUAAACUAUUUCCACAAAUGGGUCGCUUUACACUGAGAGAUGAAAAUAAAACCAUUGCCAUUGGCAAGGUACUGAAGGUGGUCGAAUAAAUUUGAGCCAAGCUACAAUUAAUAGAAAACCAACAAACAAAAAAAAACAUAAUAAUAUUCGUGUGGACCCGCCUUGUUUAUUUUUUUUUUGAUGAUGAUGAUAUAUUGCACACACACACACACACAAACACAUAGCCGAAAACACAGACACACACCCACACACACACGCCAGAAAUGAGACACGCCGCUCCCCCCGCUUUGUGCAAACCACU